AUGACCUACAAGGUUUAUAUGUCAGGCACGGUCAAUGGACACUACUUUGAGGUUCAAGGCGAUGGAAAAGGAAAGCCUUACGAGUAAUUUUCUGUUUAAUAGAUGUUAUAUAUUUUUCAUACUUGUUCGAUAUAAUGUUGGUUUCCGUUCAAUGCAUGAAGCGUUUUCGCAGCUUACCCUUGAUUGCUUUUAAAAUUCCAUGACACUUUGGGAGGGGAUGGGGCAGACGAAGCAGAAUUACGAUAGAACAAGUGAGCAGCAAAGUGUUACCAGCGUUAUCUUUCAUGGACAUUUGUUUAAAUUUUUCAUAUGUGAACCAAAUUGAUAGAAUGCAAACCGCAGACGUAUUUCCUACCAAAUUGAACGCUAUCAUGCAAAGUUAACCUUUACGUUAAUGUAAUAAAAUAGAUAACGAUCAAUUGGUAUCACAUCCACAAAGUGGUUUCUUGUCUACCACCCCCGAAGGAAUUGAUAUUUGAAAAUGCUUUUUUCAGAAAAGGGGGAAACAAGCCAGAGAACUAGGAGGAAAUCCUGUGAGAGUAAGAAUUAUACACCUUUUAACAAGACCCAUCGAGCAUCGUUUAACCGGCCUUUUUUAAUCAAUAAGGCACCAUAAUAUAAAAAAGUGUCUCAUUUGCAGUGCCAACUCUUCUCUUUAAGGGGCGAGCAGACUGUAAAGCUCACUGUCACCAAGGGCGGACCUCUGCCGUUUGCUUGGGAUAUUUUAUCACCACAGAGUCAAUUCGGAAGCAUACCAUUCACCAAGUACUCUGAAGACAUCCCUGACUAUGUAAAGCAGUCAUUCCCUGAGGGAUAUCCAUGGGAAAGGAUCAUGAACCAGGGGCACCCAACGAGAAUAUAGUUCAAGACCACUUAAACAAAGGAUACUGUUGAAAGUAUUUUAGUAUUUAAACGGUAGAUAUAGGCAUAUUUUUAUCCCCUAAAAUUUUUCAUCUGUUCUGGUUGCCUAGCUGAAAGUCUAGUGAUCCGAAAAUUAUAGGGAUCAAAACUUACCUUCUGGAAAAUUUCAGCGAGAAAAAAGGCUCCCUAAAAUUCUAGUACUGUCAGCAAUGAUUCAAGGUACAUUGAAAACAUAGUUAACUGAAUUAAUAACCAAUCGAUUUUUCGCUAAACGCAGAAUGUCAGUACAAGAGUGUUUUCCUCCCCUUAGAAUAGACUAACAUUUUCGCUAAUAAAUGUCAGUAGAUCAGUCUCCGUUUGUCUUCUUUAGAAAUGGCAAAUGACACACUAGGCGGCGGCGAAUUGCUCACACGCUGUAGAGUAUCAUGAUGAAAAACAUCCACAACCAUUCCUUUGCAUUUUGUUAAUUUUUUUUCACCUCUUCUUUAAAAGCAUCAAAGGCAACUGUUUCGUGUAAGUUCACCGGUUUGAACUUUCCUCCCAAUGGACCCGUUUUGCAAAAGAUGACACAGGGCUGGGAACCCAACACUGAGCGUCUUUAUGCACGAGAUGGAAUGCUGAUAGGAAACAACUUUAAAUGGCUCUGA